AGGUAGCGGCAGCGAAGAAUGAUACAGAGAGGAAUCCAAAAUAUCCCUAUUUAAUUGUUAAAUUAGGAGUCGCUGCAGAGUGUCUUAAUUAAAUUCGGAAAAUAAGUUGACAUAUCAAAUGGUUAAGAAUAAAAAAUAGGAAACAAAUCCACAUUGACAUUAGUAAAAAGUUUAGGAAUGUAUUGGCCAUUUACCCAAGACAAAUAGGACGGCUCCUAACUCUUAGAGCCGACGGCUGAGUUGCUGAUGAGUGCUGACACUAACCGGCUAACCUACCAAAAAUUGAGGAGAUUUGGUAAUAAACGUUAGUUCCCGUUUACCUGAUAAGUGGUAAAUAGCAAUAAAUGCUGUCGAAGAUGAUAGUAGUAUUACGUUAGGGGGUUGACAGCUUUGACAAUGAGUAGAAUGGCGAAGGAAAAUUGAAGGGGGCAAAGCAGAAUUGCAGAGCAGUAGUACUUGCGAAACGAAAGAGAACCACCAUUGUCGUUUGCCUCCAUUGAGUACAACUGAGUACUGACAAAACCCCCGCAAGCGCCCACACGGCAACGUCAGAUUGGUGCAGAAAAUCGGAUCUUCCCAUAUCCGCUUCCAGUUUGUUGUUGAGACGGUACAAAGUUAACUAUGGCAGCCUCUGAUGAAACUGGUGCACUGUUUCCGAUUUUCAUAUUGGCCACGAUUGCCCUGCCUUUGGUACCUUAUACAAUACUGAAGUUAUUCCGUCCUGCCUCAAAGAAAACAAGGAGCAUCCAUUGUGAUUGUUCAGACUGCUUCCGGUCAGGAAAGUACCGCAAAUCAAUUUCUAGUCAGACAUCAAACUUCUUGACAUGCCAUAACUUGAUGAUAAUUAUGCUCUGGUUCUUCAUGGGAAUCCUUGUUUUCUACAUCAAGAAUAUGAGCCGCGAGAUUCAAGUUUUUGAGCCAUUUGGAAUUCUUGGACUAGUGCCCGGAGCUUCUGACUCACAGAUUAAGAAGGCUUAUCGUAGGCUUUCAAUUCAAUAUCACCCGGAUAAAAACCCUGAUCCAGAUGCUCAUAAGUAUUUUGUUGAGUACAUAUCCAAGGCUUAUCAGGCUCUGACGGAUCCUAUUUCCCGUGAAAAUUUUGAGAAAUAUGGACAUCCAGAUGGAAGACAGGGAUUCCAAAUUGGGAUAGCUCUUCCUCAGUUUCUGCUAAAUAACAAUGGCGAAUCUGGUGGGAUUUUGUUGCUUUCAAUUGUUGGGGUUGUAAUACUAUUGCCAUUGGUGAUGGCUGUUGUAUAUCUAGCAAGAUCAUCAAAAUAUACUGGAAAUUAUGUCAAACGUGAAACACUAGUCACCUAUUUUCAGUCGAUGAAACUGUCUCUGUCUUUGAGGAAAGUUGUGGACAUCUUCAUUGAGGCUGAGGAGUACAAAAGUCUUCCAGUCCGAAGGACUGACGAAGAUCCAAUUCAGAAACUCUUUACAAUAGUAAGAAAUGAAUUGAGCCUGGAUCAAAAGAAUGGGAAACAGGAGGAGGCAAAAUUUUGGAAGCAGCACCCAGCAGUAAUUAAGACAGCAUUGUUGUUGCAAGCCCAUUUAACUCGGGAAAAAACAGUGUUGACCCCAGAUUUGCAGUGUGACCUCAACUUUGUGCUGCAAUUGGCACCUCGCCUUCUUGAAGAGCUGAUGAAGAUGGCUCUUAUACCUCGAAAUGCCAUGGGGCAUGGGUGGCUAAGACCUGCCACUGGAGUUAUUGAGCUUUCACAGUGCAUUGUUCAGGCUGUUCGUCUUAGUGCAAGGAGGGUCUCAUCCACCGAUGGUAUUGCUUCUUUUCUACAACUUCCACACUUCAGCGAAGCCGUUGCAGAAAAAUUAGCUCGCAAGAAGGUAGGAUUUCAGGAGCUUCAGGGAAUGAGUCUUAAAGAACGUCUUGAGUUGCUUUCUGAGGUAGCUGGCUUCUCUGCUGCUGAAAUCCAAGAUGUGGAGAAGGUGCUGGGGUUGAUGCCUUGUCCAACAGUUGAAGUUACUUGUGAGACCGAGGGUGAGGAGUGUAUACAAGAAGGUGACAUUGUGACGGUACAGGCUUGGGUGACUUUAAAACGUGCUAAUGGUGCUAAUGGUUUGAUCAAGGCCGUCCCACAUGCCCCAUCCUAUCCAUUCCACAAGGAAGAAAAUUUCUGGCUUUUGCUUGCAGACGCCAAUGCCAAGAAUGUGUGGUUUUCACAGAAGGUCAAUUUUAUGGAUGAAGCUGCAGCAGUAAUUGCCGCUUCACAAGCAGUUCGGGAGAAAAUGGAAGUCCUGGGGGCAGCUGGCGAUGAGACUGGUGCCGCAGUGAUAGAAGCUGUUGAUAGAGUUAGGAGUGGUUCCCGAGUCAUCAUGGGCAAGUUUCUAGCUCCAGCUGAAGGAAAUUACAACUUGACUUGUUAUUUGCUUUGUGAUUCCUGGAUAGGUUGUGAUAAGACAACGAGCUUGAAGGUGAAAGUCUCAAAACGGAGCAGAAGUAUGACUCGAAGGGGUCAAGUGAUGGAGGAAGAACCCAUUCCGGAGGAUCUCAGUGAAGACGGAGAGGAGAUUGAAGAAGAGAAAGGUGAGGAUUAUGAGAGCGAGUACAGUGAAGAUGAAGAUGAAAAACCCAACACAAGUAAAAAAAACUUUGUGAAAGGCCCUGCAGUAGGAAAGGGCAGGGAGGAUAAAAAGAAGGGGUGGUCCAAUAAAGGCCCUGCUCGCAAGAAGGGCAGGUAAUACAGACAGAUGAGAAAGUGCAAAGUUGGAAGUUCCAAUCUCUGAGGUGAUACGAUGGCAUGUGGUCAAAGGGGAGCACCUCCCUAAUUUUACAGUAUGAUGCUAGAACGACGAAUUAUGUUAGUUGUCAACCUCACAGAAGAUAUUGAAAAUUUUUGCUGGAUAGAUUUAGUUGCA